CCGUGUCAGGAGGGGGGGGAGGAGGGGAGGAGAAGAGCUGCCUGUGAGCUCUGUGGGACUCUGUGCAGAGGACGCCAGAUGCCAGUGCCACACCAGUGCCACAGCUCAGCCGUGAGCCAACCAGGAUGGCCAAGCGGCUACUGGUGGCCUACGGGCUGUGGGCGCUGGGGGGGCCACUGGGGCUGCAUCACCUCUACCUGGGCCGGGACAGCCACGCUCUGCUCUGGAUGCUGACACUGGGAGGCUUCGGUGCCGGCUGGCUCAGCGACCUCUGGCACCUCCACCAUUGGGUGGCCGUGGCCAACAGCACCAGCAGCCAGCACAGGAGGGCUGUGCCAGCACUGAGCCCCAUACUCCUGGCGGGGCAGGUGGUCGUGGGGACAUAUUUUGGACUGGUGGCCGCGUUGGCACUGCCUUGGGUGCCCCAGCUGCUGGCCCAGCCGCUGGCUGUGGGGCUGGGCGUGCUCCUGACAGCUUCCGUGGGCGAACAGAGCACCAAAGCACACCGCGUCCUUACAGCAGCCUUCCUCACCUCCCUCCUCUUCCAAGCCCAGCUGCUGGCCGUGCUGCCCUCCAGCAUGGCUGCAGGCAUGGCGGCACAGCGGCACCGCCGCUAUCAGCAUCCCGCCGGGCCUCCAUUGCGGCUCCGCGCCCGACUCUUCCGUCUGGGGAUGGCCUACAUGGCCUUCGCCGUCCCAGUGGGGUACAGCCUGCUGCACAGCACCGCCGGGGCUUUGGGGUGGGUGGGGACCAUCCCCAUGCGGUCCCUCCAAAGCGUGGCCUGGAUGCUGGGGCUCAAAGCUGGGCCUGGAGGAUGCACUGAGCGGCAGCUGUGGGCUUAUCAGGUUCUCGGCAUCCCGCCCGGCUCUGGCAUUGAGGAGGUGCAGAGGAGCUACCGGGAGCUGGUGAAGGUUUGGCACCCCGACCACAACAGGCAGCGGGCUGAAGAGGCCGAGCAACGCUUUAUUGAGCUGCAGGAAGCCUACGAGGCGCUGGGAGGACCCCGCAGGGCAGCAGCAGGAGGAGGCUGAGCCCGGCAUGCAGGGAGCAGAGGCACUGAUGGGGGGUUGUAACCCGGGGUUUGUAACACGAGGUUUCUUUCC